UCUGGUGGAUAAGAGAGAUGACACCUGUUGUUGGCAGUCACCUUCAUUAACAGUCACGGAUUAGCUUCAACACUACUAGUUAAAUAAUUCACUAUCCGAUUCUCACAGUCAUAUUCACAGCAUUAUUAAUAAGUGGCAUUCAUUUGUGUAGAAACUAGCCGUGAAUCUGACAAAUAAUGAAGGAAGACAAUCCAAACCAGUUGAAUGGUAGCCUGAAGAGUCUAGGAUUUCCUAAAGAAGGGUUUAAUAAUCCUACCUUUGUACAUGAUGAAACACCUGAAAAAGAAAGCAAAUCAAAGAAAAAAGACAAGAAAAAAAAGAAAGAACAAUCAAAAGAAGAGAAGAAACUAGUCGGGCUUUUGGAACUGUUUCAGUUUGCAGAUGGUUUGGACAUUUUUCUGAUGAUAGUAGGAUUCAUCUGUGCACUCGGACAUGGCAUUGCUUUGCCCAUAAUGAUCAUCGUCUUUGGGGAAAUGACUGAUGCUUUUGUACAGAGUGGCACUACAGCAAACAUGUCUUCUGUUGCCAAUUCUUCUGUUACUCAUAACGUGUCAGUCGGUUCUUGUCAGAUCCCUGGAAUAGAUAUAGAAAAGGAAAUGACAAGAUAUGCCUACUACUUUACUGCUAUUGGAUUCAGUGCUAUGGUACUAGCAACUUUUCAGGUGACUACAUAUUUGAUAUCUGCCAGAAGACAGUCUCAAAGGAUUCGGCAGAAGUUUUUUCAUGCAGUUCUUCACCAGGAAAUGAGUUGGUUUGACACACAUGAGAUUGGAACUUUAAAUACCAGGCUAACCGAUGGCAUAAACACCAUUCAUGAGGGCCUCGGAGACAAGAUCUGCAUAUUUGUUCAGUUUUUUGCAAUGUUUAUUGCUGGAUUCAUAAUCGGAUUUGUUUUUGGCUGGAAACUUACUCUGGUUAUUUUAGCAGUUAGUCCUUUGCUUGCGAUAUCAGCUGCUUUUGCUACAAAGUUUCUAGCAACCCUGACAAGUAAGGAGCAGACGGCUUAUGCAAAGGCGGGAGCAGUGGCAGAAGAGGUUCUGACAGCAAUCAGAACUGUUGUUGCUUUUGGGGGACAGCAGAAAGCAGUAGCAAAGUAUGAGGCUAACUUGUUGGAUGCUAAAUCUUUUGGUGUGAAGAAAGCAUUAACAACGGAUACAUCAAUGGGUGUGGUGCAGUUCUGCAUCUUUGGGUCAUACGCCCUUGCUUUCUGGUACGGUACGAAACUGGCUGUUGAUGAGCCAGAAAACUACUCUAUUGGACGUGUUAUAACUGUGUUCUUCUCAGUACUCAUCGGUGUCUUUUCCUUGGGCCAAGCAGCACCAAACCUUGAAAGUAUUGCUAAUGCCCGUGGUGCCGCUUAUGAAGUCUACAAAAUUAUUGUGCAGCCACGCUUAAUUGACAGCAGUUCCAAAGAUGGAUAUAAACCUGACAGUGUGAAAGGAGAUAUCGAAUUCAAAAAUGUGCACUUUUCAUAUCCGUCCAGACCAGAUAUUCCAAUUCUCAGAGGCCUUGACUUGACAAUUCAGAGUGGGAAGACAAUUGCCCUUGUUGGUUCCAGUGGUUGCGGAAAAAGCACUACAGUUCAGCUGAUUCAGAGAUUUUAUGAUCCACUACAAGGGGAGGUAACUAUUGAUGGCCGUGAUAUUCGAACCCUUAAUGUAAAGUGGCUUCGGGAACAUGUAGGUGUUGUAAGUCAAGAACCAAUACUGUUUGCUGCAACAAUUGCUGAGAACAUUCGCUAUGGCCGAGAUGAUGUUACAGAUGCUGAAAUUGAGAAGGCCACAAAAGAAGCAAAUGCCUAUGACUUUAUAUCUCGUCUACCGGAUAAAUUGAAUACAAUGGUUGGUGAACGAGGAGCCCAGCUAAGUGGAGGACAGAAACAACGAAUUGCUAUUGCCCGUGCUUUGGUCAGAAAUCCUAAGAUUCUUCUUCUAGAUGAAGCCACUUCUGCUUUGGAUACACAAAGUGAAUCUAUAGUUCAAGCAGCACUUGAUAAGGCAAGAACAGGUCGCACCACCAUUGUAGUAGCACACCGCCUUUCUACCAUUCGGACUGCAGAUGUUAUCGCUGGAUUUCAAAAUGGGGUCAUUGUGGAGCAGGGCACACACAGCCAACUCAUGACAGAAAAAGGAGUUUACUAUAAUCUUGUUAUGCAGCAGAGCAAAGAACAUGAACAUGAGUAUGAAGAAACUGAUAAUGAAUUAGAAAGUGAAACGGACAUCAGUGAUCAAGAUGCAGAUGAAAUAAAUGAAAUUGAAUCAGAAAUUAUUAGAAGAAACUCAGUCAGACGUCAGAGUAGCAGAGCCUCCACCAGAAGAAGGAAAAGUGCCAAGAAACCAAAAAAGGAACAGAAAGUAAAGGUUGAAGAAAAAGUUGAGGAAGUGCCUUUCAGCAGAGUUCUUGCAAUGAAUAAACCCGAGUGGCCUUAUAUCAUUAUGGGAAUAUUUGCAUCAUUAAUUGCAGGUGGUGUCUAUCCUGCUGUAGGCAUUAUAUUUGCAAAAAUUAUUGGGGUAUUUUCAGAGCCUGAUCCUACUAUCAAAAGCCAAAGGACUGUCUUGUUUUCACUUAUCUUUCUUCUUCUGGGAUUCAUUUCCUUAGUUGCUUAUUUUGUAAAGGGGUUCAUGUACGGCAGAUCGGGAGAAUCUCUUACGAUGAGGAUCCGAGCUCAGUCAUUUAAAGCUGUUCUGCGGCAGGAGAUUGGAUUUUUUGAUGAUCAUCAAAAUGCCGUGGGUGUCUUGACAACCAGACUUGCAACAGAUGCGUCUCAGGUUCAAGGUGCUACUGGAAUCCGUCUGGGUUUAAUGGCUACAGUUGUCUGCAGUCUUGUAGCAGCUCUUAUUGUUGGUUUUGUGUUUAGCUGGCAACUGACAUUACUUAUCCUGGCCUGUUUUCCACUACUUGCUGCAGCAAAUUUUAUAAGAACAAAGUCAAUGGGUGGCCAUGCAUCCAGGGAUCAGAAAGCACUGGAAGAGGCUGGGCGGAUUUCAACAGAAGCAGUAGAAAAUAUAAGAACUCUUGUCUCCUUGACUCGUGAAGAAACGUUUUAUAAAAAGUACAGUGACAGCUUAGAUGGUCCUUACAGGGAUGCACUAAAGAAAGCCCCAAUACACGGAAUAACCUAUGCACUAGCUCAGACUAUAAACUUCUUCGUAAAUGCAGCUGUUUUCAGAUUUGGAGCCUGGCUUAUUGCACAUUGUCUGUUGAACUUCGAAAAUAUGUACAUUGUCUUUUCAACCAUUGUUUUUACUGCUAUGAACAUCGGGCAAACAUCAUCAUUUGCACCUGAUCAAGCCAAAGCUAAAGUAUCUGCCUACAGAAUUAUUAAACUCUUGGAAAGGAAACCAGAAAUCGACAGCUACAGUGAAGAGGGAGAAAAACCGAAUCGACUUGAAGGCAAUGUUGAGUUUAGAGAUGUGAAGUUUGUUUAUCCAACAAGAAAAGAUGUUACAGUUCUUCAGGGACUCUCAGUUAAAGUUGGUAAAGGACAAACACUUGCGCUGGUCGGAAGCAGUGGCUGCGGAAAGAGCACUUCAGUUCAGCUGCUGGAGAGAUUUUAUGAUCCUGCAGGUGGACAAGUUUUAAUAGAUGGAAAAGAUUCCAAGACCCUUAAUAUACAGUGGUUGAGAUCGCAGAUGGGUAUUGUCUCACAGGAACCUAUGCUAUUUGACUGCAGUAUUGCUGAAAAUAUUCAGUACGGCGACAACAGCAGAAUUAUAUCCCAGGAGGAGAUCGAAGCAGCAGCUGUCUCAGCCAAUAUACACAAAUUCAUAGACGAUCUGCCCGAUAAAUACAACACACGAGUAGGUGAUAAAGGUGCACAGCUCUCGGGUGGCCAGAAGCAGCGAAUAGCAAUCGCCCGUGCACUAGUAAGGAAUCCCAAGAUAUUACUUUUAGAUGAAGCUACAUCAGCACUUGACACAGAAAGUGAAAAGAUUGUUCAGGAGGCUCUAGAUAAGGCAAGAGAAGGUCGGACUUGUAUAGUUAUUGCUCAUCGUCUGUCUACAGUUCAAAACGCUGACAUCAUAGCAGUAAUUCAUAAUGGAAAAGUUGCAGAAUUAGGGACUCACAGCCAGCUACUUGCACAAGAAGGACUCUAUUAUGCUCUUGUAAAUGCACAGGUUGCUCACUAGAGCAGUUUUAAAUGAACAUCAACUCUGGAUAUUUAUAGUGUCUAUAAAUAACGUUACUACAAAUGAAGUAUGCCUACUUGCACAUUUAAGUUAACUUUGCCAAUGAUCCAUCACUCCAAAUUAGGCAUGUUUACUAAUUUGGUAGCAAGAACAACAUUUGACAAACAUCUGAGCAGUCCGCAGCCAAAUCUGUUAUGGAGUGUAAGACUUUGAACUGCAGAAACUUCUGCCUGAUUUGGCAGUAACACACCUGGUGGCAACACAGGACAGAAAGAUGUCAUGCUUUGAUGCGAGCUGAAUAUCUCUGAGUGGAAACCUAAUGUUAAAUGUCAUCCAUGAUUCUCAGCCUCUUGACUGAUUUUGCAAAUUAUAUACAGAUAAGUAAUUUCUAUUCUUGGCUCAUCCACAAUUUUCAACCCCUUGCUUCACUGCCAUCUCUCUGAACAAUAUAAUUAAUGCUACAUCUUAAAAUCCUGAUUGAGUUUUCUCCUGAAACUCCAGGCAGUGAUUACUGUUUUUCAGUCACAUCUGAAAAGCAACAUCCACGGGGGUAAUUCCAUUUAAACUUUAAUAGAUCUCAUUGACAUCCUAUUGUUCAUGUGCAGUUAAGUACAUGUUUAUGUUAUCCAUAUUUUUUUAUUUUUUUAUUUUAUUUUAUUUUUUUGGAAGCCUUCUUACUUUUAAGUUACUGUAGAAGAGAUUGUGAUCCCUUGUUCAAAAACUUCACCCAAUAUUUUAACCUUUGCUGAGGACAAAAUCACGUGGCUAUAUCAUCAGACUGGUCAUCCAUUGUUUGAUUCCUUCAAUCUUAAUUAGCCAGCUUUGUGACUCUGGGUAAGUGACUUAACCAGGCAACACUUCCUGGUUACCCAAAAGGCAUGUCUGGGCCUAGUUUGGGUUACCUGGUUAAUAAAUGAGUAAUAAAUUAAUAAAUCUGCAUCUUGUUGUCAUUUCAGAUAAAUAGAAGUAUUUGUCAAGCAAUGAGCACAUGCCAUUUAAGUGCAAAUAAUCAUAGUUAUUUGUGAUAACAGAGCAAUGUGAUGGUAUUCUAUAAUGUAAAUGUGAAGGUAUUAUAUAAUGUAAAAUGCUUGUGUUCACUGUCCCACCAAUAUGUGUAUCUGCAUUUCUUUUUGGGAUACGGGGUGAUAAGGAGGGGCAUUGGCAGUUACAAUAUUGAUCAUUGUUUCUAAAAUACAUCCAUAAUCUUGCCAAGUCUUCAAUGAUUGUGGGGGUACUUGUUUUCAUUCACUUGUUAAAGAAACACGUAUGGUAUGCCAUAAUCUGUACCAGAUUAAGCAAGAAAUUACCGUGUGGUAUUCAUCAAAGAGAGACCCAUCCAAGACUCGCUUCUCAUGGAGUCUUCCAUGUGAGAGCUCCCCCAUGCAUUCAUCUGUGAGCUGGAAAUUAUUAUAAAGUUUUAUAUCUGUUGGUACCUAGUAAGUAUCUUCCAGACCUGGUAAUUUUAAUAUAUGAUAGAGUGUUCACCAUCUUAAAUUUGCUAAAACACCAACAUCUGCUUUUUCCAAAGAGCAGUGAGUAAACCACAGCUCCUUAGUUCUCACAUACUUCUUUUUAUUACUCUAAAUUAAUAUUGUGUCAUGCUGGCUUUACUACUAUUAAGCAACAUUACCAUUUUCUGACAACAUAGAAUGCACCUUAUUAUAAAUUAUAAUGAAAUCUAUAUUUCAGACUAAACAUCUGCUGUCCCUCAAUUUAUCUGAUGCCUUUCGUAGUGUGCAUCGGCAUUUGUUUUAAUUAUAAAAUACUACAUGUCAUACUAGCACUUUUAAUGUUGAUUUUGGUGAGAUAUCCACUGAUACAGGCUACCAGAGGACAGUGCUGACUGCAAGCUAGUUCAAGACCUGUAAUUAAGUCACUGUGGGGAGAAAAGUUUACAUAUUUCAAAUCUUUUUAACCUGCUUCACAAAGUCUACUGAGUCUCUGCAUUUCUUGACAAGUUUCUAUUUAAAGCAGUUACCUGACAACUAUUAAAUGUAAUAUAGUUUCCUCCUUGGUGGAGUUAAUGGUAACUUACUGUAAAUGCUGUUGCCUUUCAGUACCACUUUCUUCCAUGUGACUUGUUUUAGGCUUUAUUUUAUCUUUCCUGUCUGAAUUUACCACCUUGGAUAGUCAUGAGAUACAGAAGUGUCUUCAUGCAAAAUGCAAAUCCAUACAGCAAAUAAAGGUGACAAGAAAAAUGUAAUAGAUGUGAAUGGUCUAGCUGUUCAGCAGAGGUUGUUAGCACAGUGAAUCAAUAAUGAACUUCAUCCUAGAAUUCAGUUUGAUACUAAGUCUCCAUUUACAAAGUGUGUGAUUAUGGGUAAGUCAUUUACCUGACUUAAUUUCAAUGUACAUCUGCAGAUGCCAUAUAUGAAACAUAAAUAGACGGGUGCACAUGUGACAUGUAUGUUCUAGCCUCUGCAAAAGAGUAGACUUUUAUUUCAUUUGAAUUUUUCUAGCUGCUAUAACUCAAAAUGGAACAGCAUAUGUAUAUUGUGGCUUAAUAAUAUACUGAUGUUUAGUAUCUUGCAAAACAUGCUUUUAGAUAUUGAAAACUGCUACGAGAUUCGUUAAUUUAUAAUGAAAAUUCAGGAACUACUUCUAAUAAAACAAUAUGUUUACACAAGAAGGAUUUGCAACAGCAGGAAUCACUAUGCUUGCCUCACUGAAGUAAAUCGGACAUUUUUUGGCUUUCUCAUCUAAAUAGAUGCUGUAUUAGAGUAGUUUAAAGAAUACCAAUACGUUGUCAGAGAAAGUGGUAUGGGCACAAUUCAUACCAUGGUGAUCAAUAGUACACUCAAUAAGUGAAGAGACGCUUGUUAUAACUUCUCAAUUAAACUCCCACAGUUUUGCCAGUUUUGUAUACAUAGAUUGGAAUCUACUACAAAUUUUAACAUAUUAAUAGCACCCAACACACCUUUCCAAUGCCACUUGCUCAAAAAAGCAAGUGUUCAGACUUUCACUAGCCCAGUCUCCCAUUUGAAUGUAACAUUCUCCAUACCCAACCCUAUAAAAAUGCAUAGACUUACCAGAACCUAAACUCUAACCUAAAAUUUCCACAAAGUUCCUACCCCAAGUCCUUGCUCCCUUACAUUAAAUUUCUACUCCAUUCCCUAAAUCUAAAGUCCCUGUUCACUCCCUAAACCUAAAACUGCUGCCCCCUCCCUAAACAUAAAUUUACUGAUUGCUCCCUAACUUUGAAACUUCCUUCCCACUCCCUAACCCUAAAAUCCUUCUCCCCCCACAGCUACUUGCCCAAAUGUAUCUUCAAGUUCAAGUGGGCUCAGCAGCCUGCAUGCACUAAAAGCUACUUGAAUCCCUGACAGUGUUUUUGUACACUUGGAACUUGACUGCGAGUAGUAUUUUGUAUAAAUUCAUUGGGAAAUACUGCAUACUGCUUUUUGUGAGGUUGCAAGGCUUUUGACACAGAGAGUCAAUCACUCUAUUCAUACCAUGUUGCAUUUCCUCCAUCACUAGUCAAUAUAUCAUAAUCUAGAGUUGUGUGCCCAGUAGGUAAAACAAAGCUUUCACAAGUCUGUAUUUUUGGGGUACAUGCCUAUAGUAUUUUGCAGCGUGAUCAUUUUAAUACAUUUACACCUCUAUUUGAAUCAAGUAUUGAUGAAGAAGACACUUCUUGUAAAGCAUGAUGACUUCAGGGGUAGUGAAGUCCAGAAUGGCUAUUUCUGUAACAAGCAUAGCUUUCCCUUGUCCACUUUUUUCUACUCCAUUUAUAAUAGGCUGCUAAUUGCAUCAUGAUGCAGAUGGUCAAAAUUAGAUUUAGUCUCUACCAUUCACUUUCUUUAUUUAAUCUUGUUAAUGUUCAUCUUCGUUCGUUCGUUCAAUUGCAUACAGGGCCUGAAAGAGAAAAACUGCAAGUUGUAUAUUUGUAAGUAAGAGUCUUUUUAAACUUCUCCCUGACAAUUAGAACCAUAUUACUUGCAUUUCAGUAGAUUCUACCAUUUUGUCUAGACUGCUGCAUUGUGAUGAAGCCCUAAGCUGCUUCAUAAUUCUGAGUUCAGACUGUAAAGUCAUGUAUUUUCUCUGAUCAAAUGUACCACCAUUCCUAAAUACAUUACAUAUGCUUGGGAGCAGAAGUUGACUUGACAACACAGUCUGCCCUCUCAUGAUGGAGUCAGCACUGUUUCAAUGUCCCCAGCCCUAUUUCAAUGUCCCCAGCCCUAUUUCAUGUUCUUCAAUUGUCCCAUGUCCUUUUUAAAAUUGCACUGCACCUUUGUGGAAUGUUUUCCUUAUAAUGGUUUCUACUGACAAUAAACAACACGAACCUGCAGGACUUAUAAAGUACUAUUGUUAUACAAAAUAUAUUUUCAUUAGCUUUCAACUUUUAUGUGGUAUUAAAUGCUAUAUUAUUGCUCUGUCUACAAAUGCUCAAUUGUUUACCAUGACCUGUACAGAUGGAUAACUCUGGGCAAUAAUCAGUGGCUGUACUAUAACUCAGUGAAGUGUAACCUUCUGACGGUAUACUGAAUGAAUCAAAACUUCAGGUAAAAGAAAUUUUAAAUUGUGAGGCGUGAGCCCCUGCAACCCCUAUGUAAGAGGUCUUUUACCCACUUUACUUUUAACUCCACACUCACAUGGCCAAAGGAAAAUCCCAAAGACUGACAAAAUGGCAUUUACACCUAUGAUCUUACAAUAUAGUCAACAAAUGUAAAAGCUUUGCAAGACAUAUAAAUCCAAUGAGACUAACUCAUCCAGUUUGCAUUUCUGGAGUUGCCGUUCAUCAUUGGUUGAUCUUCCAUUCUAUAAAUUUGUCAUGAUGUUGUUAUAUAUUCUACAACUAUCAUUUGGUAGUAGAAGUUAAACGCACAAGUCAAACAAAAAUUAUGUAAAGAUGUACAAUAUUUUAUGUAUAUUAAUAUGCUGUUGCAGAUAUUUAAAUAUAGAUUUAUACGGACACUGUAUUUAUGCAAUAAUGGCUGCAGCAGAACAUUUUUAUAGGGUUUACCAUAGUCCACAGGUAUUAAAAAGUGACACAAGGCAUGGUCUAGUGUUUACCAAGAGUAUGGCUAGCUCUACAAAAUAUCUACUUCUGUAACAUUAUUGACAUGAAAGUGUGAAAAAACUGAAUUAUGUUUCAUUUGUUGUAUUUGUGUUUGACACGGUCUUGCUUUUUUCUGCAUAACAUAAAUGAUGCAGCUGGAAGUACACUUAAUGAAAGGUUUUACUGUGAAAAAAAAACAUAAUUAGAAUUUUAUUAUUCUGUUGUAAUAAAUGUAAAAACAUUGUUCUUGUAUUUUUAUUUUCAUUCUAAAUAAAUGAGUUUGUUUGCUCA